AAACCAACUUCAGAAUGUGGAGAAAAUAUCAGAGCAUCCUCAUUCAAAAUUGCCAUGUUGGUUGGUUUUGCUCAACUUUUUUCUUCUUUUUCUUUUUCAGUCUUUGCCAAAUAAGAUGGUUCCUUCAAUGGGAUAGUGGAGAGAGAUAAAUUCAGAAAUGAAAAUGAUGUGAAAACAAAAUAUUUGAAUAAUUUUCUUUAAAAUUCCCCUAUUGUUAAAAUAAUUCUAGUUCAAUCCUAAUAUGAGGUCACUAAAAUCUCUUGGUCCUUCUCUCUGUCUCCUUCAUUUGCAGAUGAUCUAAAAAUCAUGACCCAAGAAAAUGGCACCAGAGUGACCGAGUUCAUUCUACUGGGAUUUGCAGUUCGACAAGAAAUUCAGUACAUCCUCUUCCUGGUGUUUCUGCUCAUCUACAUGACAUCUCUCGUGGGCAAUGUUGAUAUGAUUCUACUCAUCAAGUGUGAUGCUCGCCUUCACACUCCCAUGUAUUUUUUCCUUCAAAACUUGGCUUUUGUUGACCUGUGUUACACAUCCGCUAUCACUCCCAAGAUGUUGGUCAACUUUCUGGUCUCAGAUAAAUCCAUCUCAUUUUCAGGGUGUGUGAUACAAUUAUAUGUUUAUGGUGUAUUUGCCACAAUUGAAAGUUACCUUCUAGCUUCCAUGGCUGUAGAUCGUUAUGUGGCCAUCUGUAACCCACUCCGUUACCCAAUAGUCAUGUCCCAGAGAGCUUGCAUCCAGUUGGUCACUGGAUCCUAUUUUAUAGGCUCCCUGAAUGCUACCACACACACAAGCUUUCUCCUUUCACUAUCUUUCUGCAACUCUAACAAAAUCAAUCAUUUCUUUUGUGAUUUGCCCCCAAUGCUGAGUCUUUCCUGUUCUAAUAUUGAUGUCAAUGUCAUGUUAGUCAUGAUUUUUGUGGGCUUUAAUCUGGUAAGCACAUUGCUAGUUGUGUUCUUCUCCUAUAUUUACAUCCUGGCUGCCAUCUUAAGGAUGCCUUCUACUACAGGGAGGAAUAAAGCUUUCUCUACUUGUGCCUCCCAUCUGACUGCUGUCACCAUUUUCUAUGGGACACUCUCUUACAUGUAUUUACAGCCUUCUUCCAGUGAGUCACAAGAAAAUGAUAAAGUGGCCUCUGUGUUUUAUGGUAUUGUGAUACCCAUGCUGAACCCCCUGAUCUACAGUCUGAGAAACAAGGAGGUGAAAGAGGCGGUGAAAAUGCUCAUGAAAAGUUGUUCAUGACUUGGCUCUUUCCAAAAGUGAGGUGAUUCAGAUCAAUUCCAAUAGACUUGGGAUGGAGAGAACCAUCUGCAGCCAGAGAGCAGACUAUGAACACUGAAUGUGGAUCACAACAUAGUAUUUUCACUUUUUUGAUGUUGUUUGCUUAUUUGUUUUUCUUUUUCAUUUUUUUCUUUUUGAUUUGAUUUUUCUUAUGCAGAACAAUAAAUGUGGAAUUAUAUUUAGAAGAAUUGCAUGUGUUUAACCUAUAUUGAAUUACUUGCUGUAAAAAAGAGAGGCAAAGGGGGGAGGGAAAAACUUGGUUUUUGCAAGGUUAAAUGUUGAAAAUUAUCUUUGUAUGUAUUUUGAAAAAUAAAAAGCUACUAUUAUUUUUUAAAAAGAAAAGAAAAGAAAACCUGCUUACCAAAAAAAGUUGUUCAUGAGUCAGGGCUUGUUUUCCAGCUUAGAGAAAC